AUGACAACCGCAUCCUCAAACAUGACCACUCCACGAGCCAUCAAAUUCUCUUUCCUCGCCCGCGAGCAAUCCGAGGGCGCGGGCGCAGUCGUACGCCGCUCAAUCGGCACGCCUCGCCUUCGCCAUCUAACACCUUUCCUGAUGCUCGACCACUUCCGCAUUCCACCGGGCGCCGGUUUUCCCGACCACCCGCACCGCGGACAAGAGACGAUCACAUACCUGCUGAAAGGCGGUGUUGACCAUGAAGACUUUGCGGGCAACAAAGGCACAAUCGGCCCGGGGGAUCUUCAGUUCAUGACGGCAGGCAAGGGAAUCAUGCACGCGGAAAUGCCCGUGCAGACAGAAGACAUCAACGUCGGAAUGCAGCUAUGGGUCGAUCUGCCCGAGAACCUCAAGUCGUGCGAACCUCGAUACCGAGACCUUCGCGCAGCGGAGAUCCCCCGCGCAAAUUCCGACGACGGCAAGGUCGAGGUGAAAGUCAUCUCCGGUAAAGCUCUCGGAGUCGAAUCACUCAAGGACCUCGCCUACACCCCCGUCUGGCUCCUCGACGUCACCGUCCAGCCCGGCGGCAAGCUGGCCCAGGAACUGCCACAGGGCUGGAACGCCUUCGCCUAUACACUCGAGGGAGCCGUGACGUUCACCAACGGCGACAAGCCCCAAGGCGACACCAUCACGCCAUACCACAACGUAGUCUUCGAGCAGUCUGGCGAUCUGGUGACCGCGCACGUCGAAGAAGGCGCCAACGAGCCCGCGCGUUUCAUCAUCUUCGCCGGCCAGCCACUGGAGCAGGAUAUCGUCCAGUAUGGCCCUUUCGUCACCACCUCCAAGGAGGCCGUUUACCAGGCCAUGAUGGACUUCCAAACUUCCAGUAACGGCUUCGAACGGGGUGCCGACUGGCACAGUGAAAUCGGGAAGACAAUGGGCAGGGUCAGUUAG